UCCAUCCACGCUACCUGAUGCUCAGCAACCUCUGAUUAAGCGUCUAUGUUCAUAUUUUACAACUUUUACGCGCAAACAAAAUGAGAGCCUUUAUUUCAACAGUGACAGUGUUGUGGCUGAUAACAUUACCCUGCAUGGAAGCCAUCCAUGGAUUGUACGGUUUUGGCCAGCAUGACUUAUUCUCUAAAAGGAAUAAGUGCAAGCCAAUUCCUGCAAACUUCCUCCUGUGCCACGAUAUAGAGUACACGGAGAUGCGCCUCCCGAACCUGCUCGGACACGAAACCAUGAACGAAGUUCUGCAGCAAGCUACGUCUUGGAUCCCGCUGGUCCAGAAGCACUGUCACCCCGACACAAGAAAGUUCCUCUGCUCCCUCUUCGCUCCCGUCUGUCUACAAGAUUUGGACGAACCCAUACAGCCGUGCAGGUCUCUGUGCGAGAGUGUCAAACACGGCUGCGCGCCCGUGAUGUCCGCGUUUGGCUUUCCCUGGCCGAAGAUGCUGGACUGCGACCGUUUCCCAGUAGACAAUGACCUGUGCAUACCACCUGCAGGCAUCGAGAACUCUGUGCCAGUCACCAGAGAAGUGCCCGGAGUGUGUGAUGCUUGCAAGGAAACAGAAGAAAAUGACAACGAAAUUGUUGACAACCUGUGUAAGAAUGACUUUGCUCUGAAGAUUAAGGUUAAGGAGAUCUCUUACAUCAACGGUGACACCAGGAUCGUGCCAGAGACCAAGAGCAAAACCAUCUAUAAGCUGAACGGCGUGACAGAGCAUGACCUGAAAAAGACGGUGCUGUGGCUGAAGGGCGGCCUGAAGUGCAUCUGUGAGGAGAUGAACGACAUCAACGCUGCCUACCUGGUUAUGGGCCAGAAGAUGGAUGGCCACCUGGUCAUAACCUCACUGAAACGCUGGCAGAAGGGACAGCGUGAGUUUAAGAGGAUUUCUCGCAGCAUCCGCAAGCUGCAGUGUUAGGAAGGGAAAAAUAACAGCAUGUGUUGCUGGUGAAGAUAAAGUUCAGCUGAGCUCUUCCCCAUGUACAUUUUCAUGAUUGGUUUGCAGUCAAAGAUUACUUCCCAGAUUUCAGCAAAGAUACUUACUUGGCCUUCAAAGGCACAUCACUUCAUGUGUCUUCCAUAGGUUUAUCAUUACAAAUGCCCACAAAGACUAGGUAAUAUGGAGCACAUAUAGGGCCACACACCUAAAAAAAACUUGCAUUUAUUGGGGCCUAAAAUGUAAAUCUUCCUAAUAUGCUCAAUAUCAAACUACAUUAAUCAAUAAAGCUAAGCCACAUUUUGAUUGAUAAAAACACAAAUUAUACCUAGUACAGACACAGGGAGGUAAAUAAAUAAAGAAAGACAUGUCCCUAA